AUGGUUCCGCUUGCAGUCUUUGGCAUUUUAGCCAUUUUUAUAUCAACUGGAGUUGAAUGUGGCUAUUCUUCGGCCGGCUCUAGCUCAAGCAGCAAUGGUGAUGGCUCAGGCCAUACUUUUACAGGGAGCAGUAACAAUGGACAAGGAACCUACACUCAUACGCAAAAUAAACCGGGCGGUGGCAGUGUGACACAAACCGGUGGUUUCCCGGGCCCAUUUUAUGGUCCCGCUAAUUUUGGCCAACCAGGAUUUGGAGUUAACUAUAGCCCAGGCUUCCCAUACGGACCAUAUGGCAAUCAACCAGCAUUUACACCAUUCCCACAGAAUUUCGGAUUCAAUUCUCCAUUCCAGCCAAUACAACCAUUCCAACCAUUGCCACCUCUUCAACCAUUUGCACCAUACCAACAGAUUGCAACACCACAAGAGUUCAAUCAAUAUUUGAACUCACUUCAACAACAGUAUGCCGCCUAUUACAAACAACAACAAGAACUGUUGAACACAUGGAAGAAUUCACCAUUCCAAAAUGGAUACGGAGGUAGUCCAAACUAUGCCUAUGCAACUGGAGCAUACAACCCAACUAAUGGAUUCCAACAAACGGCCGGCGUUUUCCCACCAAACAAAAACAAGCCAAAUGUGGACACUCGUUUCGAUGGAAGUGAAAAUGUCGCUGGCAAUGCACCAUCCGGCUAUUUUGGAAUCCAAACAUCAUCUUUCUCGAGCUCAUCCGAUGUGAACGGUGUGAAAAAGCACAAGGAAGUUGCCACAACCACUAUCAAUGACAACGGAAAAGUGUCAACGCACACCGUCGAAAAUUGA